AUGACAGAGGUCAGUGCUGAUGAGUUUGAGGACAAAGACUGGACAUUUGUCAUUGAAGGUGAGAACAAGGGGCAUCGUAAGGUGCUGGCAUCAGCAGACAUCAACCUGAAGCGGUUUGCCAGUCCCACGCCGACCCAGACUGACCUGACAUUGAAGCUGAAGCCGUUGUCUAUCAAAGUGGUGGAAGCCACGCUCAAGCUGUCGCUGUCAUGUGUAUUUGUUCGGGAGGGGAAAGCCACUGAUGAAGACAUGCAGAGUCUGGCCAGUCUGAUGAGCGUCAAACCUGCAGACAUUGGCAACCUGGAUGACUUCAACGAGAGUGAUGAAGAAGAGGACAAGAAGUCUACCAGCACACAGCUCAGGACGGCGGUUACAUUUUUCAUUCGGUUCACAGACAACCUUCUCGGGAUAUCCUGGGUCGACAGCGGCUGGGUCCCGAUUCUUAACCCCGGAAAUGUGCUGGACUACUUCUCUGAGAGAAGCAACCCCUUCUAUGACCGAACCUGUAACAACGAGGUGGUGAAGAUGCAGCGGCUUACUCUGGAGCAUCUGAAUCAGAUGGUGGGAGUGGAGUACAUUCUUCUUCAUGCUCAGGAGCCAAUUCUUUAUAUAAUCCGUAAACAGCAGAGGCAGUCACCAACACAAGUAAUUCCCAUGGCCGACUACUACAUCAUAGCAGGAGUGGUGUAUCAGGCCCCAGACCUGGGAACAGUGAUCAGCUCCAGAGCGCUCUCUGCCGUCCACGGGAUCCAGUCUGCUUUUGAUGAGGCCAUGUCGUACUGCCGCUAUCACCCAUCCAAAGGAUACUGGUGGCACUUCAAGGAUCAGGAGGAGAGAGAGAAAGCCAAGCCCAAGUCGAAGAAGAAAGAGGAACCGAGCUCACUGUUUCAGAGGCACCGUGUCGACACACUGCUUUUGGACCUCAGGUCCAAGUUUCCACCAACAUUCUACCAGCCGAAGCCCGGUGAAAAGCCGAUUCCAGUGGAGGUGAAGAAGGAGCCUGAACCUCCCGCAGAAGCUGUAAAACAAGAGGAAAGGGAACCAGCCACAAAGUCCUCCGCCCCGGCACCACCAAGCAAACCGCCUCCUGAGAAGAGAGCACGACUGCAGUGACAUUCUUCACACGCCGUCGGCAGAAAUGUAAAGUCCUACAGAACGAACUGAAGGAACAGCUCGGGAGUAUUUCUGUUCCCCUUCCACUCAUCAGUUUACCGGAUACUAAGAACAAUCUGGCACGUAAAGCAUCAGUUGCUCAUCUCUGUGCCAGGGCUACUUUUACACCGUAACCAUAGUCUCGUACACGUGAUAGGGUUUGGCAUCAUGGGCAUCUCAGGCAGCUGUACUACGAACAGGGUUAACUGCUUGAUGUCAGCAGGCAUUCAGCAGUAUUUGCUAAGGAUGAGGCUUUUUCUGAUGGUAAGCUGACCUCAGCAUCAGUGUCGGUUUACUGUUGACAUCAGCGUAACAUUCGCCUCGUAAUGACUUCACAGGACGCUUUAAUUCCUGGCACGCUUCAUGUGUGUCAUGCAGGAUUAUCUCACCUGAAAAGCAAAAAGCAUUUUGACUUGAGCACCUAAUUACAAACACUUUCAUCUGCUUUUUUUUUACACUGCUUUUUUGUAUUAAAAUGUAUCAGCCACUGUG